UAUUUUAAACUGUAUUUCUUGCCAAUAUUAACUUUUUACUUUUACUUUUGAAGAACUUGGUAACACCCUUUUAAAUGAACAAUAUUCUGUCAAAGAUCAUCCAAAUACAAUUUUUACUUAACACAGAUUUUAUUCAUUGAAACAGUAUUAUAACUAUUUAAAAUAAAAAAAGAACAUCACAAAUGUUUAUAAUUAUAUAAUUUGGAAAAUACAGUAAUUCUUUUGCACCACAGUAAAUCUUGGUGAAGGUAUCAAUUUUUUCUGUCUUCUUGCUCUUUAUCACCAAUUUCUAAUCACAUAUGUGCUCACUAUCACCCAAAGCCUUAUAAUAAUCCUAUUAUUAUUUUAAACCUUUUAACCUAAAGUAGACAUGGAAUUUUUUUAUCAACUAAUAGUACCACUGCAAACCAAAUGUUGUUCAUAUUUUUAAAUGACACAUAUUAUACUCAUACACAGAAGAUACAUUUUUAUUUUAUCUAACAGAUGCAGGGAGCAGUUACUAUGUGUCAGGAUCUAAGCACCUUAAAAAUAAUAAUCCAAUCACUUUUAUGAUGCUAAUGUAAAUUUUGAAGAAAAUAAAUUGAGAUAAUCAGAAAACCCCAGAGUGGGUUGGUGACGGGGGAAACUAACUGGAAUGUAGAUCAAAUCUAUCAAUAACUAAUCAUACUCCACUUUUACCUUCCUCUAAAAGGCUUUAAGUAGUGCAAGUAAACAUGCCCAUAACUCAGCAUUUUUCUUUCAAUAUGUUCUCUGCUUCCCUGGUAGUAAACAGUAGCAAAUUUUGCCAAUCUUUGUACUCUAACUCAAAUGGAAUUAUUAGAUAGGAUGGAUUCUGUUUUUUACUUAAACAGGCAACCCAGCUGAUUUAAGUUUUAGUAUUAAUGAGCACCAUAAUGAAAGAGUUUUGUUAUUCAUGUAAUUCAGAGCCCCCAGAGAAAUGCAUGACCCAUAGUUUAUUCUCAACGUAUAUUAAUCCAGUCUAUGACUCAGAUUUGUCUUAAAUAACUAGAUUAUUUUUCCUUGAAAUUGGUAAAAGCCUUUCUGAAAAAUAAAAUCCCUUUUUCCCCAUUAAAUUGUGAACUAAGUAGGCAAUAAGCAAGUUAAGAAGGAAGCUAUGCUCUGUCUCUUCAGCAUUUGAAAUAAAAUUAUUUUUAGAUUUUCUUAAACCCUGUGUAUAUUUAUUGACAAUAGUAGCUACCCUAAAUUAACAAUCUACUGUUGCAAAAUAAAAGAGAUUGAUUUGAACAGCUACUUAUCAGGAAACUGAACAGGUUGAAGUAAAAAAGGUUUAAGUAAUAAAAGACAAACCAUGAAUUAUAUAAAAUCCUUAUGUCUAUACAUCUUUAAUAACAUGUGUUAAAUUAAUGUCCUUUUCCAAUGCAGACAGAAACAUUCUAAACACUUUAUCAUUUAGUGAUAAAUACAUAUAUGUUUAUAUUAAUAUAUGUAUAUAUAUCUUGGAAUCUGUCAUUGUUACCUCUUUUUUCAUCUUACAGAUUAUAUCAAAUCAAAUCCCUAAAAUGGAAGAAGCCAAAAGCCAAAGUUUGGAGGAAGACUUUGAAGGACAGGCUACACAUACAGGACCCAAAGGAGUAAUAAGUGAUUGGAGAAAGUUUAAAUUAGAGAGUGAAGAUAGUGAUUCAAUCCCACCUAGCAAGAAGGAGAUUCUCAGGCAAAUGUCUUCUCCUCAGAGUAGAGAUGACAAAGAUUCAAAAGAAAGAAUCAGCAGGAAGAUGAGCAUUCAAGAAUAUGAACUUAUCCAGCAAGGCAAAGAGGACGAAAACUGCCUUCGGAAAUACCGCAGACAGUGCAUGCAGGACAUGCACCAGAAGCUGAGUUUUGGGCCUAGGUAUGGCUUUGUGUACGAGCUGGAAACCGGGGAGCAAUUCCUGGAAACGAUCGAAAAGGAGCAGAAGAUCACCACCAUCGUUGUCCACAUUUAUGAAGACGGUAUUAAGGGUUGUGACGCUCUAAACAGCAGUUUAACGUGCCUCGCAGCAGAAUACCCUAUAGUCAAAUUCUGUAAAAUAAAAGCUUCUAAUACAGGCGCUGGGGACCGCUUUUCCUCAGAUGUGCUCCCCACACUGCUCAUCUACAAAGGUGGGGAACUCAUAAGCAAUUUUAUUAGUGUUACUGAACAGUUUGCUGAAGAAUUUUUUGCUGGAGACGUGGAGUCUUUCCUAAAUGAAUAUGGGUUACUACCUGAAAAAGAGGUACAUGCCCUAGAGCAGCCCAACACGGAUGAAGAAGAUAUGGAAUAAAGAGUCACCAUGUCAAUAGCUCAUAUUUAUCCUUUAUCACUGAACGUUGAUUUUGGUAGUAUCCAUAUUCCUUUAGAAGACACCAAGUGUGGCCAUGGCUGUUCUAAUUUUGAGAAAAAGAAUGACACUAACAUUGUGUUAUUAGCAUUUCUUAGUGCUAGUUAUUCAAAUUAAUAUAAUGCUUUACUACAAAAAAAUUAUAGUCUUCAGCAAUAUUGUUAGCAGACAAAGAGGAUGUGGAUAACAUCUGACACUUUUCAAAAAUCCCUUUCAAGUUAUGUGUUAGCUUUUUUACUCCUCACCCCUUGUUACUAAUAUUUGGGCUUUUCAAAUUAUAUUAUUAAUUAUAAUUUUAUCUAUGUAAUAAGAAUAAAAUCUCAUGAGGAAAUAAAUUUUCUGUUUGAAGUC